AGAGAGGAGCGUGGGACGUCCCUUUGGUGUGACGUUGCGAUUGGUCCAGUGGCUUUCUUCAUCAGGGUCUCCAAGCCUCUCUCCCUCCCUCUGUGAUCAGUGGGUGAGAGGGGGGAGACGAGCAACACGCAGCGGAGAACCCGGCGUGCGCCUCCGUCAGCAUCCCGCCACCUCUUCCGUUCACCUCGCCGCCGGUCCUGGAUCGCCUAAGCUCGGUCCUGGAGACGUCUGAGUCUGCAGCUGCGCGCUUUUAUUUUCCAGCCUUUAUCUGAAUGACGGGCGGAAGGUUUGACUUCGACGACGGUGGCACUUACUGCGGGGGGUGGGAGGAUGGCAAAGCCCACGGACACGGCAUCUGCACCGGACCCAAGGGCCAGGGCGAGUACGCCGGGUCCUGGUCGCACGGCUUUGAGAUAGUCGGCGUGUACACUUGGCCCAGCGGGAACACGUACAAGGGCUACUGGUCUCAGGGGAAGCGACAUGGGCUCGGCGUGGAAAAUAAAGGAAAGUGGAUCUACCGAGGAGAGUGGAGUCACGGCUUUAAGGGUCGGUACGGGGUUCGGCAAAGCCACAAUACACCUGCCAGAUAUGAGGGCACCUGGAGCAACGGGCUGCAGGAUGGAUACGGCAUCGAAACCUAUGGAGAUGGCGGUACCUAUCAAGGCCAGUGGAUGGGUGGGAUGCGCCAUGGCUAUGGUGUUCGUCAGAGUGUUCCCUAUGGCAUGGCCACCGUCAUCCGCUCGCCUCUUCGUACAUCCAUGGCUUCCCUGCGGUCCGAGCAGAGCAACGGCACAGUUCUCCAAGACCUGUCCUCUCCGGCGGACACGCCCACAGGCAGCCGAGGUGGCUUUGUGCUGAACUUCCACUCUGACAGUGAAGUUGUCACCGGCAAGAAGAAGGGUCUGUUCCGCCGGGGUUCGUUGUUUGGCAGCCUCCGACAGUUGCGCAAGUCGGACUCACGGACCUCAAUCUCCAGCAAACGCAGCUCUGCCAGAAGUGAUGCCACCAUGAGCCGCAUCAGCUCCAGUGAUGCCAACUCCACCAUAUCCAUUGGCGAUGGCGAGCUGGCGGAUGACGACCUGCAUCUGGAGGACCAUGUGGAUGCCACCACAACCGAGACCUACAUGGGCGAGUGGAAGAAUGACAAGCGCAAUGGAUUUGGUGUUUCCGAGAGAUCCAAUGGGAUGAAAUACGAGGGAGAAUGGCUUAACAACAAGCGCCACGGUUAUGGGUGCACAGUUUUCCCAGAUGCCACCAAAGAAGAAGGGAAGUACAAAAAUAACGUGCUGGUGCGUGGAAUACGAAAGCAGUUGAUUCCUCUUAAGAAUCCCAAAACCAAAGAGAAGGUAGAUCGGGCUGUGGAGGGGGCACAGAGGGCAGCAGCCAUCGCCCGGAGUAAAGUGGAAAUAGCAGCUUCAAGAACAGCUCAUGCCAGAACAAAAAGCGAGGCUGCAGAACAGGCCGCAAUCUCCGCCGUGCAUGACUCUGAAAUCGCCCGGGCAGUUGCCAGGGAACUCUCCCCCAACUUCUACCAACCAGGACCCGAUUACAUAAAACAACAGUUUAAAGAGCCUGUGGAGAUUAAAGAGGUCCCUGUUGAGAAGAAGGAUCCCUCCCCAAAGGAUUCUCCUCACUUUUACCGCAAAGGCACCACUCCUCCCGUCUCUCCUGUGGCCAGCCCUGAAGCCACUCCCCCCCCCUCACCUGACUCCAGCAAGAAACAAAGCCAGAUCGCCAACAGUGUUAGCCGCAAGGUCAGCAAAGAAGAAAAAGCUUCCCGUAAGAGCAGUAAAGAAGAGAAAUCGAUUCCUAAGACCAGCAAGGAGGAGCGAUCCAGCGGGAAGCCGAGUAAAGAAGAAAGACUGAUCGUCAGCGAUGGCCCUAAAAGUUCUCACAGCCAUACUGAAGCUCCACCUAAACCCACUAAGGUCCACCAGCCUCUCCCAUCGCCUGCAUCCCCUCCGCAGCCUCCUACGGUUCCAGUGAACGGGCAGCUUCACAGCGAGUACCACAGUUACUAUGUCAAGGCUCCUACUAGGGUCCGUCCACCCCCCGAACCUGAGGAUGUAGAGGAAGAGCCUAGUGCUCUGGCUCUGGCUCGGAUGCCCCCACAGCCUAAGUCAUUCAGCACGCCUGCCCCCACUCCAAAACCCGCCUCCGUACGAGACACCAAAUCCGAGCCUAAACUCAGGAAGCAGGAUUCACUUAAGCCAAAGAGCCUAGCAGACACAAAGAAAGCUAGUAUGGAAAUUUCUGAAGCUGCAGAAGAAACAGGUCCUAACUCAAUCCUAGUUGCUAUGGUAAUGCUGUUGAAUAUCGGACUUGCAAUUAUAUUUGUCCAUUUUCUGACAUGAUGAUGUUGUGUCUCAGGUAAGUUGAGUGAAAUCAUGGCAACUGGUAGAGUUGCAUAGCUGGCCUUGAAAAGCGAAAAUGGCGCCAGUGAGACACAGGGACGGCUGGAGGUGUUUAGGACUCAGCAUGACACCAAAGAGAGUAAAGAUGAAGGCAUCACUAAAACCAAUCUGUCUUCAGCCUUCUUUUUAGGGUCAGCCCUGAGAAUUAAUACUCCUUUGGUUUCUGCUGAAGGUGAAGCGAAAAGGUGUGUCUAGUGAGAUAUUAAAAAAAUAUAAAGGUUUUAAAAUGCAAUCAAACAUACUCAGUCUUGGAAAAAAAAAGAAGUUAUUGAAACCCACACUAUGCUGAUCCAAGCACAGGUCUCAGUUGCCCACUCUGCCUUGGCAGAGAUAGCGGACCUUGCUGGAAGAGUGUGGAGAUGCACUUUUAGAUGACGGGAGCAAACAGCUGCCUUUCUAUUUUGCCAUGUGACGUUUUGAUGGGGAGAUGUGAGCCCAGCCCCAGGGUGGUCGACGGGGUGGAGGAGGGGGUGUUGGGGGACUUGAGGUUCAGGGGCUUUGGAGAUGUUAUCCGGGGUUCAUGCCACUCUUGAAAGAGGAAACUGGGUACGGCCGUUUCCAGCAGUCAGUGCUAGCACGGUCACUACCCAGUCUUACUUUGUCAACCGAAACAUCACUGCAGCUUUCUCAAAGCUCCGUCCAUUGUAAUCCAGGUUACACUGCUUUGACACACUCCCCGUGCAUGGUACAGGUUUCUGUUUUUGUUUGUUGUUCCGCUGUAACUUUUAUGUUCAUUAUUGUUCUCUGGAUGUAUGUUACUUGCAGCCAUGUGCUUGUAGAAGUCUCUCAACAGGAGUAGUAAAUAAAAAUAUCCCAUUCUUUUUCUUUUUUGGGGGGAAUUUUGCUAAUCUCCUGCAACAGAGCUGUAGUUUGACAUUACACAUCCAUGUUAUUAAUGUGCAAUAUGUUUUUUUCUUUCAACGAAUUUCAGUAUAUUUUGACAGAAAUUGUUUUAUUUUAAAAAAAGCAACAUUUUAUUUAUCAAAUUGAGAAAUUUAAUUGCCUGAUUCUGCAAAAAUGAUUAACAUCAGGCACUUUGAAAAAGAUUAAUUUUAAAAAAGAGAGCUUUUUAUGAGAGAAAUAUAAAAUGCUAUUUAUGAAAGCAGUUGUAAGGUUAUUUAAUAGUCCACACCUUUUUGCUUGAAUUUUUUUCACACUGUUCUUUGGUUUAACUGUCACUACACGACCAAGAUGCAAAACCACAGUCCACACAGCUGCUGGAGUUAACCCAGGGGCACUUGCAUGAACAUGAAGACUGGAUCUUGUGGACAGUGAAAGUUUAUUCAGGUUGAGACCAUGGGGAAUGUGGCUCCAGGGAGUGGGAGACAUGCCUUUUAGAAGUCUUUAACAGUGCUACUGUUUACCUCAAAAAGAUGAGGAAAGUGGGAGAGGGCGGGGAAGAGAUGCCAUCCUUGUCUUAAAUCUGUUGUGCGAGGGAUAUUCUGUUGUCAUCAGCUGCAUUCUGCUUUGAGCUUCGCCUCAUCUGCUUCUAGCUUUCGUUGCAAUUAUGGCAUGAGUUUCUUUGAUUUUCAUAGUGGUUAUUUAUACGCUGGACAUUUAUUGUCACCUUUACCACGAUGAAUUAUGUAUUCAUUGUACAACUAACGUGUAGGUGGACAUCACUCAUGACAAAAAAAAAGGGCUUGAAUAUGUGUAGGUUUUCUUUGCCGCAAAUUUGUUUUUGAAAGUUUGCUUGAAUAUAUUGUGAUUGAGAUGAGCAGCGCUUCAAACUUCAACACUUUUUCAGUCAGAUUGUUAACAAACUGACCAUGAAACUACCGGAAACACUAAAUUAAAUCACUAUAUUGUAUAGAUGAUAAUUAUGAGGAAGACUGGUGUUUAAGAAGGAUUAACAGAAUGGUCAGCAGGUGGGAUAUUUUUUUGAAAUGCAACAUUGCAUGUUGGAGAUAUUUAUAUAUAGAUUAUUAUAUACUAUUUGUAUGGAUUUUUACAGAGCACAAUCCAGAAUCUGGUAUGAGUAGGUAUUUUUCUAACAAUUUGCACAUCUGUAUUUUGACAAUGAAUAUAACUUGUUUGUAAUUGGUAAUGUAAUGCACACAUAACAUUGUUUGACGGUAAAAAAUAAAAAAAAACUUUAUUUCUAACUGGUCAUACUGUAUGUACCAUUUGGGGACAUGGACGGCAGAUGUACUUAUUUGAGGAUUAUUGGACAUAUUUAGAAACUAUGAGAGAAUUUUGAUAUUUAAAGGCUCAUUUUACCCCAAUGAUUUGUGCAAAGUCUUUGGAGAUUAAUUUAUGUGUUUAAAAAUAAAGAUAUUUUGCCUUGUUAAACA